AUGGCGCCGUACAUGUCUUCGCCAACACGUCCCUCCUCAAAUGAGGUCUCGUCAACGCCGGACCAAGGCAAGAUCUCGUUCGAGGCCCAGCCAUAUGCAUUCUCGUUUGACCCGACAAAGACUGCACUCGUCAUUAUUGACAUGCAGCGAGACUUUCUCCUCGAAGCCGGCUUCGGAUACAUUCAGGCAGGCGAGGCAGGCGUGGCAACCGUCCAAGCGACCAUCCAACCCACACGUGCGGUGCUUCGAGCCUUCCGCGACAGUGGACUGCAUGUUAUCCACACGCGAGAAGGGCAUCGUCCAGAUCUGCGCGACUUGCCCACCACGAAACUCGUGCGACAGGCUCGCGCCCCGAAAUCUCGACAUUCCAUGGUGAUCGGAGACAAGGGCCCAAUGGGAAGACUCCUCACCAGGGGCGAGUAUGGGCAUGACAUUAUAGACGAGCUGCAGCCUGUCUCGGGAGAGUAUGUCGUCGAUAAACCGGGCAAAGGGAGCUUCUUCUCGACAGGCCUGCACCAGCAUCUCGUAGACCGAGGCAUCACUUAUCUUAUCGUGGCGGGUGUCACGGUGGAAUGCUGUGUCACCACGACGGUGAGAGAGGCCAACGACCGCGGUUUCGACGCAUGCAUCUUGAGUGACUGCACGGACGGGUUCGUGUCGACGUUCAAGAAAGCCUCUUUGGACAUGAUUCAUUUCUCCGAAGGGCUCUUUGGAUUUGUGAGCUCCUCGCCGCCAUUGCUCGCAGCAUUGUCGGCAUAUUCGGCUCGUCAGAUAAACCAACCUGCAGCGUGGGAUGGAUCCACGGAUAUGGAUGCCCUGAAGAUGGCCUACGCGUCAGGCCUUUCGCCUGUCGCCGUUGUGGAGAGGGUGAUGGAAAACAUCAAGUCAGGGAAAGCGAGCCAGCCCUCGACAUGGAUCAGCUUGACACCUCACGAUGAGCUUCUCCGCAGGGCGAAGAUGCUGGAAGAGAGUGGAGAUACCAGUCUGCCUCUGUAUGGGGUCCCCUUCGCCGUCAAAGAUAACAUUGACGUUGCCGGUAUGCCUACCACUGCGGCAUGUCGGUCUUUCGCCUAUACGCCAUCAGAGUCCGCCACCGUGGUCACCAGACUGGAAGCCGCGGGCGCGAUCGUCAUCGGCAAAACCAAUCUGGAUCAAUUUGCAACAGGCCUGGUUGGCACGAGGUCGCCCUAUGGAGCUUGCCACUGUGUUUUCGACGACUCUCGAAUCUCGGGCGGGUCAAGUUCCGGCUCUGCAGUGGCAGUGGCUCUCGGGCAAGUGUCUUUUUCGCUGGGGACCGACACCGCGGGCUCGGGUCGAAUUCCAGCCGCCUUCAACGGCAUUGUCGGUCUCAAGCCCACCAAAGGGACCGUUUCUACCAGAGGCGUGGUUCCGGCCUGCGCGACACUGGAUUGCGUCUCCUUCUUCGCAAGGAGUCUCGAGGACGCUAGGACGGCCUGGCUUGCGGCGAAAGCCUUCGACGCCGAGGAUCCGUACGCGCGCAGUUCACUCCCGCUGACGGCACUGACCAAUCGUGCUCUCCUCUGUGAGGACGCCACAUAUACUUUCGCCGUCCCGCCCGACAACAUCCUCGAGAGCCUACUGUCCCCCGAGUACCGUCGAGCGUUUGCCAAGACGGAAGCAUUACUCGCACGACUCGUCGGCGCCGAACAGGUCGACUUUGACUUCGCCUCGUACCUGGCCGCGUCGGAUCUCGUGUACAAGGGCUCCUUCGUCGUCGAGCGCGCGGUCACACUCUCAUCAUUCACCAGCUCGGCCGCCAACAAGGCAUCGAUGCUCCCUGUCACGGCCGCCAUCAUCGACGCGGCCGCGUCGAUCCCCGGCAGCAAAACCUUUGAAGACAUCUACCAAGCCCAGCGACUGACCCGGCUGAUCGAGCGUCAGUUCGACCGAUGCGACGUCCUGGUCCUGCCAACCGCACCACGGCAUCCCACUCUUCGCGAGGUCGAGGAAGACCCGCUCGGCCCCAAUCUCGAGUUGGGCACCUUUGUCAGUGCCGUCAACAUUCUGGAUCUGGCGGCGAUUGCCGUGCCGAUGGGGAUGGUGGAAGGGCUCCCUUUUGGCAUCUCGCUCGUCGGGCCGGCCUUCAGAGAAGGCGUGUUGUUGGAGGUUGCGUCGCGCGUCCAGCGCUUGCUCUCUGCGUGA